AUGGCGGGCGCAACGGACGGCCUGCGGGAGCAGGGCAACGCGGAGUUCCGCAACGGGGACUUUCUGAAGGCCGCGGCCACCUACACACGCGCGAUCAAGGCCAACCCUGGCAGCGGGAUCCUGGAGGCGCAGGGGCACUUGGAGGAGGCGGUGCAAGUGCUGAAGGAGGGCACUGAGGCGGCGGGCUCUGGGGAGCAGGAGCUGGGGAGGCAGGUCAAGGCCCUAACGCGGAAGCUCAAGGGAUGCGGCACCAGCGGCGGGGCCGGCGCGGCAGCGGCGGCAGGCAACGCCAAGGCGACGCCCGGCAUCAAAGCAAUGGCUGCAACAGGGGUGUGUGAAAACGGCGGCAAGGCUCCGGCCUCCGCGGCUGAGGCGGCGGCGCUCGCAUUUGCGGACAGCUGGAUCGCGUACGCACAGGAACAGCUGCGGCAGCACGGCACCGACUUUGCUCCCACAGUCCACUUCAUGCCAGGCUCGGGCUCCAACACGCCGGAGGAGCCGCACGAGGCUGCGAGCGUGCAGGGCAAGGGCGCGUUUGCCGACCCGGCGGCGCUGGCUGACUUUGUCAACUUCCUCCGACGCAAGGGCGAGGAGCUGGCGGCGAGGGCCGUGGUCAGCAUCGUGCCCAAGGCUGCGGUCGCCUUCCCGCAGAUGUGGCUGCAGCAGCUGUGGCCCUAUUCACGGGAGCAGGACGGCGUUUUUCUUCAGCUGCAGGCCGUGGUUCCUGGGCAGGAGGCCAACGCCAAACCUGCUGGCGCCAGCAAGGGCGGAAAGGGCGCCGCUGCACCGGCCGCGGCGCGCCGCAGGGACGCACCCAAGGCGCGCGCAGACCAGGGCGCUUCGCCCGGCAGCACGGAGGCGGCUGUAGACGCGGGCCAGGUUUCACGGCUGUGGUUUGCGCGGCUGGGCGAGGCUGAGGAGGGCGGCAGGUUCCGGGCGCGCGCGCUGCACGAGCUGCCUUGCGACCUGGCAUUGCUGCCUAGCCUGCUGCGGUGA